GGCAGCCUUUGAGUUCAUUCCAGCCAGAGACCAGACGGAGUCCAGACCCAACUUUUACUGUUUGCUGGCUGAAUCCAACCGCUGCUUCUCAAUACACCGUUCGGCCUGACUUGUCUUCACCCCGGCUGGCUGUUUAGUUCAGAAGCUGAUCAGUUUUGUCCCGAAAAUAAGAAAGAAAGAAAGCCGUUGUUUCUUCCUAUGCGUCCCAGCCUACCCGGUGCGUCCAACGCGCACAGUAAGGAGAUCAGCGAAGCAAUUUGAGUGACUGACUGCAUGGAUCGGACUUAACAUGAAGAGCCUCAAAGCCAAGUUUAGGAAGACUGAUGCCAACGAGUGGAACAAAAACGACGAGCGCCUCCUUGCUGCUGUGGAACAUGGCGAGGUGGACAAACUCGUGUCCCUUCUUACUAAAAAAGGUGCCAAUGCUGCUAAGCUGGACGGUGAAGGGAAAUCAGCCCUUCAUGUAGCAGCUGCUCGUGGCUUAGCAGAAUGCCUCUCUGUAAUCUUGGCCCAUGGUGCUGACCUCGCAGCCACUGAUGCUGCUGGUUUUACUCCAUUACACCUGGCUGCCAAAAACAAUCACCUGGAAUGUUGCAAAAGACUUAUUCAGAGUAAGUGUCCUUUUGAGACUCCAGAUAGCUCAGGAAAAACUGCUCUUCAUCAUGCUGCUGCCGGUGGGAACAUCAAGAUUGUUCAGCUGCUGUGUGAACUGAAAAGUCCCAUCAACCAAAAAGAUGCAGAUGGUCUCACUCCGUUGAUGUUGUCAGCCAAAUACAGUCAUUCUGAAGUAUGCAGCAUGCUGCUGGACUGCGGUGCUGAAAUCAACACCCCUGACAACUGUGGCAGGACUGCCCUCAUGCUUGCAGCUGAGUCCAACGCAGUUGCCGCAGUUGAAGUUUUGGCUCAAAGAGGAGCAGAUCUCUCAGCUGUAGAUUUAGAGGGCCAUGAUGUUUUACAUUAUACCAAACUAUUGGGCAACUCAGAAGCCCAAAGUGCUCUCUUGGCUUCCCUGAACAAACAUCCACAUAUAGAUUCCAAGUCUCCAAGAAGUCCUCAGCAUGAUCAAGUAGCUAAGCUAAGUGAUGAGCGGGUCACAACUCCCAAAAAACGAAAAGCACCUCCACCUCCUAUUAGUCCACUGCAGAGUUCUGGGCCCUCUUCUCCCUCUUUUGUUACAUCUACCAGCACUCCUGCUUCCAACAAGGAUGAUACUCCAAACAGAUUUACCUAUAAGGAGGACGAGUUCAUAGGAUCACCACUAAAAAAACAGGUUGAGAAGCUUCAUGAAGAGAGAAACAUGUUGCUGGAGACGAUCGAAGACCUGAAGCAGACGGUGGAGAUGGUGACAGUUCCUGAACUAGAGGUUGAGCACACAGCGACUGCAGCUCUGGUUUCUGCUCUGCAAGCCAGGAUUAAUGCUCUUACUUUGGAAAACCAGGAGCUAGCAAACAAACUCAAGAAACUUCCAUCCCUACCAGAAUAUGAGCUGAAGGAGAACAGUCGCCCUAACAGCAUGGCUUCCAACUCCUCCUUUCAUUCCACACAGGAUGAGUUUGAACUACCAGCGCAGGUACAUUCUACAACCAGGGUGGAAGUGGGAGACCAUCCUGGAAACAUUUCUGUUACACUACAGGAAGAGGAGGCAGAAGGUGGGAGCAAGGAGGAAAUCCGGAUGUUAAGACAAACGCUAGAAAGUCUUCAAAACAAACUGCUUGAAACCAGGAGAGAAUACGUCUUGCUUCAGGCUCAGCUCAACACUGAAAGAGGGAGAGAAAGAGAAGAGGAUGGAAGUGAGAGAGAGAAAAUACAAGAGGAAGAGUUGAGGAAAAGUUUAGCAGAGCUUCAGGCAAAACUGACAGACACUCAGGAAAGAUACCAUCAAGCUAUGGAGGAAGUCGAGGAUCUGAAAGCACAGAUGGGAAGAGGGGACGAUGAGCUGAAGGAGAAACUGGUGGUUAAGGAAUUGGAACAGGAGAUAAAACAACUGAAGGCCCAGCUCGCCCAGUUGGGGUCAGAGAAAGAAAAAACGGCUCAAAGAAUCAGAGAGCUGGAAGAAGAGCUGCAACGGACAGAUGAGGAGAGGCAGGCGGCAAAGGAUGGAGAACAGAGAACGGCCCAGAUAGAGGAGCUUUACAAGGAGGCACAGGAGGAAGUCAGAAUGCUUCAGGAGGCCUUGAAGGGCACAGUUCCUGUCGAAGCUGCAGCCAAAGACUUUGAGGAGAUGAAGAAGGAGCUUAACGAGGUCAUUGCUGGGCAGCAGCAGCGCUUGCUGGAGCUGUCACACUCCUAUAGUGAAACCAAAAACCAAUUGAAUGCAACUCAAAAAGAGCUUGCAGAGGCUCGAGCUGAGAAUACAACAGCAUUAUCCAUCUCUUCAGAGCAAAAGGUCCAGCUGCUGAGCAGUAAAGUGGAGGAGCUGGAGAUGUUACUCGCUGAGACAGAAGGGAAGCUCUCAGUUGCUCAGGAGGAUAUUACUCACCUGAGGCAGGAGGCGGAGGCUCAGGCUCAGAGCUCUGUGACCCUUACUGAUCACACACAGGUUGUUUCAUCCCUGGGGAAUGCCAUCAAGGAGUUGGAAAGUGACUUAGAAACCCUCAGACAGGAGCUGCAUCAAAAGACAACUCAAGUGGAGACACUUCAAAAGAGGCUGAAUGCAGAGCAAGACGUUUCCUCAGACGACACGGUUCCCCGUCCGGAUCAUGAGAGCAUGAAGGAGCAGCUGGAAGGUGAGGUGAAUCAUCUGACCCAACUCCUUCAGGAUGCCUUGAGGAAGCAGGAUGAGAUGGCUCUGGAAGCAGCAGACGCUUGGCAAAAGGCACGGGAUAAUCGUUCAGAGCGAGAAACUCUGCAGGAGCUAUUGAUGUCGCGGGAAAAGGAGAACCAGACACUGACCGCCAAACUUGCUGAAUCACAGGAUGCUGUGUGUCAGCUCAAACAGCUCAUAGAGAAUCAUGUUGCAUCAGAAAGAGAAAAGAACAAGAGGAUAGAUGACCUGUCCCGGGAAGUAGGCAAGCUGAAGGAAGCUCUGAACAGCCUAUCACAGCUUUCCUACAGUUCCUGCUCUCCGUCCAAGAGACAACAGCAAAACCAGCAGACGGAAACACUUCAGCAGCAAAUAAAACAGCUUCAGUACCAGCUAGCUGAAUCAAAGAAGCAACAUGAUGAAACAGUUUCAGUAUACAGGAUGCAUCUUCUCUACGCUGUCCAGGGUCAGAUGGACGAGGAUGUCCAGAAAGCUUUGAAGCAGAUUUUGAAGAUGUGCAAGAUGCCAAGUCAAGCCAAGGAGACCUGCUAAGAGACAGCUGGGAGUCUUCACUAAAGCACAUUUAUUUUGUGAUUUAAAACAAAGCACAUUGUGCCUGUGUAUAUGCCCAGAUUAUUUGCUGAUAACGAGCUGGUUUACAAGUAUGAGUUUAUUGCCUCUGCUAAGGUCAUUUGAACCUAUAAAGCUCCCGUUCGACACACCCCUGACAUUAAAGUGUUCUCUGUUAAUGGAUGAUUUAUUUGGAAAAGCACAUGUGAAAUGAGGUCAGCCAGGUGCCACUGCAGUGUCUAAAGCCAUCCAGCUUAAAGGAAACACAUCAGCUGCAAAAAUUAUAGAUUUCUAUUUUUAAUAUUCCACGUUAAGUAUUGAUGUCCUUAAAAAUGUAAUCAAUCAGGUUGCCAUGUUUGUGGGAAAUCAAUACAAUUAAAUUGCAUACAAAAUCCAUGUAAGAAAAGGACUUUAACCUAAAGCUGGAGGAACCAGGACCCACAGGCGAGUAAGAUUAAAAGCAGAUGUAAAUAGCUGCUUUACAUUUGUUGUAAAGAUGGAUGUGGAAACACUCUCUUGUACAUCAUUUAGACCAGAUUGAUCUCCCAUGAAUAAGAUCUGUCAGCCAAAUUUGUGAUCUAAGUUUGCCAGCAAAGGCACAACACACACAAAGGGGCUGGUUUAGCUGAAAAAAAAUCAAGGUGGUCAGUUUCAAUGUCUCUUUACUGUGACACGGACGUGCUGCAUGUGUGUAGAAUCACUCCAAUGCUGUUUUUUUCCUAACCGAGCGUGUGUGGUGUCCAUUUUUCAGAAAUAUUGAAAGUAAUAGGCCUUUUGAGCAAUGCAAAAGCUUCUCCUAGCACUUCUUUACAGAAAUAAAUUAAUAAUAAUUAAAAAAUACAAACAAUAUAGGCUAUUUUUGUGCUCACUAAGUCACUAUAUUAUUAUAAAAGGCUUCUUGCUGUGCUUUCCAUGGCUUUGUAAGUUUUUUGGGACUGAAAAUAAUUUCUUUGUAACAAAGCAAUAUGUGUUGUAGUUUCUAAAAAAAAUUGUUUAUCUUCCUGUUAUGGUCCAUACUAUAGACUGAUUUCGUUUACUGUUUUAGAAAAAAAAAGAAUUUCACUUGUGACAAAUGCCUAACAGUAUGCGUUUGAUAUUUAUAUCUUUUAACUAUGUUUAGUUUCCUUACUGUUUCGUCUUUUGUUUGCAGCCUUUUUACUUGAAAAGCAUACAAGAUAUAUUGUCUGGAAACGAUUGGCUGAGUUCUCCUGCCACGUGCCUGUAAAACCCUAUUUAGUAACAUCUCAGUAAUUUAUUUACAUUUGUCUCAUUUUAUGUGGUUUCCUUUUUUGAUUCAGUGUUCAUCUGUAGGUACAGAGACCAUUUUCACAAUACCUUAAAUUAACUGCAUGUGUCUUCUGGGGGCCUCGACACUGUUUUCUCUCUGCACUUCUUUGCCUUAGUACUGUUCCAAGGGAGGUCAUAUUUCUACUGAAAAGCUUUGUGGCUAUUCAUUGUACAAUCAAGACUAAAAUGAUUGUACUUUUAUACCUGACUGAGAUGUGUUUGAUGACUAUAGAUCUUCAGAGGUCUUAAAUCGAGUCCAUAAGAGAUAAUUAACUUCUUUGCUUCAAGCCUUGGCUCUAAUAUUUUGUACCAAUAAGGGAAAUCUAAGAACACGGACUUUGGUGUUUGGUUUACUAACAGUUUUGUAGUGAAAAGAAAAAUGUUUACCAACCCUAUUUUGCCCACUUUAUUAAAAUUUUAAGAUACUGUGUCAUAAA